AUCCACAAUCCACAUCCCUUCAUUCAGACCAAACCACCCAAAAACAAAACAAUAAUAAAUUAAAUAAAUAAAUAAAUAAAUAACCAUUCCUCACUCUUCAGUCUUCACAACCAACACAAAUCAACAAUGCUACUAUACUCAUUAAUAAUCCUAAUCCAAAUCUUAAUCCUAAUCCUAACACUAAACACUUCAAUUUCCUCUUCAACCCCAUCACCACCACAUUCUCACUUCCAACAUCUAAAUGUAGAAACUGCAAUCUCAGAAACAAAACUAAAACCCCCCAAAAAACCAAACCAUCAAACCCAACAACAACAAUGGAAAAAAACAAAACUUUUUCACAGAGACAUGAUAAUAAACCUCAAAACAACCACCCAUAAAACCCGAGUCAGCUCGCGAAUCAAACGAGACAUAAAUCGAGUAACAUUCCUACUUAACAAACUCAACAAACAAACACAAGAAACAAAAAUAGCAACAGAAGCUAGUUUUGGAUCUGAUGUUGUUUCUGGUACUGAAGAAGGAAGUGGUGAAUAUUUUGUUAGAAUUGGAAUUGGUAGUCCUGCAAAUUAUCAAUAUAUGGUUAUUGAUUCAGGAAGUGAUAUUGUUUGGAUUCAAUGUGAACCUUGUGAUCAAUGUUAUAAUCAAACUGAUCCUAUUUUUAACCCUGCUACUUCUGCUUCUUUUAUUGGGGUUUCUUGUUCUUCUUCUGUUUGUAAUCAGCUUGAUGAUGUUGUUGCUUGUCGUAAAGGGAGGUGUGGAUAUCAAGUUGCAUACGGUGAUGGAUCGUAUACCAAAGGGAUACUUGCCCUAGAAACAAUAACAAUCGGGCGGACUAUUAUCCAAGAUACGGCAAUUGGGUGCGGCCAUUGGAAUGAGGGAAUGUUUGUUGGAGCAGCUGGGUUGUUGGGCCUCGGAGGUGGGCCUAUGUCCUUCGUGGGUCAAUUGGGGGCACAAACUGACGGGGCCUUCGGAUACUGUCUCAUCUCUCGAGGCACUGGAUCAUCCGGUUCACUCGAAUUCGGACGCCAAGCAAUGCCCGUAGAUGCUAUGUGGGUCCCUCUCAUACAUAAUCCAUUCUACCCUAGCUUCUACUACGUCUCACUUUCGGGUCUUGGAGUUGGAGGCAUUCAAGUCCCCAUAUCCGAAGAAAUUUUUCAGUUAACCGAUAUAGGAACUGGAGGAGUCGUCAUGGACACCGGCACAGCCAUUACCAGGUUACCCACUAUUGCUUACAAUGCUUUUCGCGAUGCAUUUAUUGCUCUGACAACAAAUUUACCACGUGCUACCGGAGUUUCUAUUUUCGACACAUGUUAUGACUUGAACGGGUUUGUGACUGUUCGAGUUCCAACAGUGUCAUUUUAUUUUUCGGGCGGUCAAAUCUUGACCUUCCCCGCAAGGAAUUUUUUGAUUCCGAUCGAUGAUGUUGGAACAUUUUGUUUUGCAUUUGCUCCUUCACCUACUGGCCUUACUAUUAUAGGGAAUAUUCAGCAAGAAGGAAUUCAGAUUUCUAUCGAUGGGACUAAUGGUUUUGUAGGAUUUGGACCCAAUGUUUGUUAAAGCAAAGAUUGUAUUAGAUGCCAACAAAAUUAAACAAUCUCAAA